AUGAAAGCAAUCCAGAUCAAGGAGUUCAACGCGCCCUAUACCGUCUCCGAUGUGGACAAGCCAAAGCCAAAGCCUCAUCAACUGCUCAUCCAGAUCAAAGCUGGUGGGUUUUGUCACACUGAUUGCAUGGCCCUUGAGAAUGCUUUUGGUUCAAAACUGCCGUUCAUUGGGUCACAUGAGCCAGCUGGUGUUGUUGUUGAAGUCGGAUCUGAGGCCCAAGGGUUUGCGGAGGGAGAUCGAGUUGGAUGUCUCAACUUUGACAGCUGCUGCGGUAGGGCUGGGAGGCCGAUUUACUGCGAUAAUCCAAGUAUGAAAGGUAUCACGACGGAUGGCGCAUGGGCGGAAUACAUGGCAGCCGACGCUCGAUUUACUGUGAAACUCCCAGACUCACUUGACUUUCUCACCGCAGCCUGCAUGAUGUGUGCUGGCAUCACUGUGUACGGGGGAAUCAAGAGAGCUCAAGUCCCAUCUGGUGGUUCCAUUGGUAUCUUGGGCAUUGGCGGACUUGGUCAUAUUGGAACACAAGUUGCCAAAGCAAUGGGAUAUCAAGUCGCUGCGAUUGAUGUCAAGCAAGAUGCCCUGGACCUCGUAUCAUCUUACAAUCUGAAACCCGACGUCUGCAUUCUAUCAACCGAUCCAGCUGAAACUUCCAUGGAGAAGAUCACCAACGUCAUACAAGGUGACUACCAUGGUCUCGACGCCACGGUGAUCGCAACCGAUGCUCCCGCCGCGUUUGAUCUCGCGGCGAAAUUGACGCGAAAGCACGGAACUAUGGUUCUUCUUGGUCAACCUGAAAAGGGUAUUACCUUGUCUUAUCAGAACGUCAUCUUUCGUGAUAUCAAGCUAGUUGGUUCCCUCGUCGCGGACACUGAUGAAACUGAGGAGCUCUUGGAACUAGUCGUAAAACAUGAUAUCAAGGUCAAGAUCAAGGAAUGGAAGCCUGAAGAUGCUGAGAAGAUGAGACAAGAAUAUCUGGCUGGUAGGAACAGCGGUAAGAAUGUGAUAGUAUUCUAG